CAUGAAAUUUGUAUCAGCAAUUGUUGUUAUUGCACUGGUUUUGCAAGUAUGCCAAAGUUCCUCUUUACUUGAUCUGCUGAGAGAAGAAGGGGACGAAUUGGUCAAGAGAGGUAGCGAUGAUUUGGAUAGUUUGGAAACAGCUGUUAUUUGUGAGUUUGUAAUGGCUGGAAUUGAUGGAAGCAGAGCAAAUGCUGGUUCAACUUGCAAUACACCAAGAACCAUUAAAUUGUCUACAUUGAAACUGUUGAAAAAUGAGGACAAUUUGAAAAAAAUAUGUUAUGCUGCUUGUAUAGCAUCUGGCCUAACUGGAGUCUGUGCAAGUAGAUGUGGCGUAUCCAGAUUUUUUGAACUCGGAAAAUAA